CCGAAAGCAGGGCAAGUCCUCUGCCACUACUCCCAAUCUGCACCACUUCCCCAGCACAGCACAGCGCGAUCUCCGGCCAUCUCCAUCCGUCCGCAUCUCCCAAUCCCCGCUCCUCUCCCCGUACUGCGCCCCCACGUUCUCCCCUCGCGCUGGUGCUGGUGGCCCUCCCCCAGCUCGCCUCAAAUCAUCCCCACGCCGACGCCGCGAUCCACAGCAAGCUCAGAGCUCCUCCACCCCACCCAGCCACCCACCAUGGCCGGGAUGUACCGUCCCGAGCCGCCGAACCCCACCGCGCGCCGCCAGCGCCUCGUAUCAAUCCUCCUCGGCGCCUUCUUCGCCUUCCAGCUCCUCCUCUUCGUCGCCUUCCGCUCCGCGCCGCCGUCCAAGCUUGCCUCCACCGCUGCCGCAACCUCCUCUUCCGUACCGGAGCCGCCCAGCCGCGGCACCGAGGACUCCGGGUGCCGGGGUGGGCUCGUGUACGUCUACGACCUCCCGGGCGUCUUCAACGAGGAUCUGCUCGCCAUGUGUGAUACGCUGAUGCCGAUGUACUCGGUUUGCCCCUACCUCACCAACGACGGACUCGGGUUUCCGGCGGAAGGGACCAGCUUGUCGACGAUCCUGCCGGCCGAGCUUCUUGGGUCGUGGCACUCCUCCGACCAGUUCGCGCUCGAGCACAUCGUCCACCGUCGCCUGCUCUCGCACCGGUGCCGCACCACCGACCCGGCGCGCGCCGCGGCGUUCUUCGUGCCGUUCUACGCGGGGCUGGCCGUCGGGCGCCACCUGUGGUCGGCGAACGCCACGGACGCCGACCGGGACAGGGACUGCGUCGCGCUGCUUUCGUGGCUUCACGCGCAGCCGUACUACAAGCGGUCCAAUGGCUGGGACCACUUCCUCGCGCUGGGCCGCAUUACCUGGGACUUCCGCCGCAGUCCGAGCGGCGGGUGGGGCGGCAGCUUCCUCGCCAUGCCCGGGGUCGCCAACGUCACCCGCCUCGUCAUCGAGCGCGAGCCAUGGGACGCCAUGGACGUCGGCAUACCAUACCCGACCGGAUUCCACCCGCGCACCGCGGCCGACGCGCGCGCGUGGCAGCAGCACGUCACGUCAGUCCCGCGCCCCAGGCUGUUCGCCUUCGCCGGCGCGCCGCGGUCGGCCAUCAAGGGCGACUUCCGCGCGUUGCUGCUCAGCGAUUGCCAGGCCGCGGGGGCGGCGUGCGGCGCGCUGGACUGCGCCGAGGGCAAGUGCAUCAAGGACAACGCGCUCGUCCUGGAGCUGUUCAUGGGCGCGCGGUUCUGCGUGCAGCCGCGCGGGGACAGCUUCACGCGCCGCUCGCUGUUCGACUGCAUGGUGGCCGGGGCCGUGCCGGUGCUGUUCUGGCGGCGGACCGCGUACCUUCAGUACCACUGGUACCUGCCGACCGAAGACGGCCAAGAAGGGGAGUGGUCCGUCUUCAUCGAUCGCGACGAGCUGCGCGCCGGCAACGUGACCGUGCGCGGCGUGCUGGCGGCCAUCCCAGAGGCGCGGGUGCGGCAGAUGAGGGAGCGCGUGGUGGAGAUGAUACCGCGGUUGGUCUACUCCGCCGCGGACAAGGAUGGGCUCGGCGGCGGCAUGAAGGACGCCAUAGACGUCAUGAUCGACGGCAUGCUGCGGCGGGUCGCAGAGCAGCGGCGGAAUUGGAGGAGGACGUGAUUUUGCCACUGGAGAGGAUCAAACUGUCAAAAUGAUCAUUCUUUUGCUUUCUUGUUCAGAUUCCUUGUGUGAAGAGUUAAAUAUUGAACAAUCUCAACUUGUAGCCUUACUUUUGACUGUGGUUGUAUAUGCGAAUUACAGCGAUACUGUUACAUGGUAAAUUAACAGAAUCUAAGCAAGUGUAUGAAA